UCAGGAGCGGCCACAGUGUGUUUGGAAACAAGCGUCCUCCUCGCUGAAGUCCCGUGUGACCGCCACCAGAAAGAAACUGCUAGAUUCAGCAGAGAGUCCCACAAGUUACUCUUUAGACGAGACAACUUGCGUCGCUUUUGUUCUGUCUGCUCACAGAUUGCGUCACGGGGGCUAUCGUAACGGAGUUAUCGUAAGCACGAGACUACAAGGAGUGAAAGAGAGUAACGUUAAAAUGGAUGUGGCGGAUGCUCAACAAAAGAUGUUUACUCUACUUAUUAAAACGCCCAACCAGGCUCAGGAGGACCAAACCGUCGAAGGCGUGUAUCCGAACUGGACUGUAAAGGACCUGAAAACGCAUUUGGCGACUGUUUACACGACCAAACCGGCUGUGAGUGACCAGAGACUGAUCUAUGCUGGUAAACUGCUGCCCGACCAUCUACAAAUAAAAGAUGUCUUCAGACAGACUGACUGCAUUCCCACAGUGCACCUGGUGUGUGCUUUUAGGAAUCCACCCAAGGGACCUCUGGGAGCUAGACCUAAGACCAAAGAGACAGAACAGCCACAUCCCACCAGUCCGAGGCCCACGGCAGCCUCUGCUUCACCCAGUCCCAGCAGCUCCUCCUCCACGGUCCAGACUCCCAGCACACCGGAGCUGAGGCAGAGGAGGCAGACCUCUCCGACCUCAGCUGCUGCUCCAGCUCACACACAUACCCCAGUGUCUCCACCAGGAACUCCUUCAUGGCCUGCUGUUGCAGUGCCUGGAGCACCACAGAUGACCCAACCAGCCUUUCCCACCUACUCCCUGUACAGCCCUCAACAGCUGCUGUGGCUCCAGCAAGUCUACGCUAGACAGUAUUACAUGCAAUACCACGCAGCGUUGGCAGCAGCAGGCACCGUCCCCGCUGCACCACCUACAACCAUCGGCCAGUACCCUCCUGUUCCCGCCCACCAAGUACCUGUCCCAGCCGUCCCAGCCGCCUUAGCCAAUCAGCCAGCGAAUCCGAACCCAGCGCAGGACGCCGCUUUCAUCAACCCUGGUGAGGCCAACCAGAACAUGCGGAUGAACGCGCAGGGCGGGCCCGUAGUGGAGGACGAUGAGGAUGUGGAACGCGAUUGGCUGGACUGGUUGUACUCAGCUGCAAGAUUUGGCGUUCUGCUCAUGAUCGUGUACUUCAACUCCAACCUGACUCGCUUUCUGCUGGUGAUGAGCACCCUCCUCCUCAUGUACCUACACACUGUUGGUUGGUUUCCCUUCAGAAGGCCAGUGCAGGUCCAGGAACCCAACCUUGUGCAGCCCCCUGAAGUCCAGCACAACCAGCUGAAUGAGAACAGGAACCAAAACCCAAAUCCAGCUGACGAGCUUGCUGCCAGACAAAGGGAGGAACCUGCUGCUGCAGCAGACGGAUCAGAUGGACAAGAACCAAUGACGGCAGUUUUAGUGCCUCCUCACCGGGUGUCAGUCAUGUGGACCACCUGGGUUUUCUUCAAAACCUUCUUCUCCUCCCUCAUACCUGAGGUUCGUCAGGGUGUGGCCAACUGACCACCUAGGGCAGAUGAUUGAUGCUGGAGAUGCUUAAAAGCUGGUGGAAGGAAAAGGAAAACAUCUGGAGCUGUCAAUUCAAGAAUAAAUAAAACCAAGGCUCUUGUAGGUGUGCAUGUCAACAAUGACUGGGAUCUCCCUAUAGAGACGGAAUCUUGGACUAGUAGUGAUAAUUGCUCUUCCUUUUGAGUGAAAAACACAAAAUUAAAACACCAGCAAAAGAAAGCAGUGCCAGACCCUUGAAUUUACCCAAAUGUGGCCUGGAAACAAAGGACACGAAGGACUAGAUACAUCAGUCACAUUUUUAACCAUAAGAAAUUGUUUUUGGAAUACCGAUCCUGACCAAACAGCUUCUGUUGGUUUUUACCCCUCCCCAAGGUGUUUUUCUGUGUGACAAGGCCUUCUCCAUGAAACAACAGUAGGUGGCAGCUGAGGGUAAAAAACAAACCUGUUAGCUGACGCUGUUGGACUACUGUGCCUAAAUGAUUCUUCCUGUGAGGAGAUUUAUGUACAUGGGCUUUCUGAUCCCAUAGGAUUCCAAAUCAGCUUGUCUUGAGUUUUCAUAUUGAAGAAUAUGAUCCAGAUGGAUACUCACACAAUUAGAAGGAUUAUAUGAGCCAUGCUCAGUUGAAGUGAAAAUUCACACACAGACAGAAUUGGUUCUGUAUCUUAUGGCUAUCCAAAUCUAAAUUGUGUUGAGGGAUGGAUUUUUUCUAUACAGACUGUCCGCACGCUGUGUUUGAUAGGAAAGAUGUUGUGUCCCAAAAGGAUUUGCGCUGAUUUUAUAGCAUUCAGAUAUUUUACUUGUUUUUUUAAUCACCCUUUUCAAAGUAGGUUAUUAAAAAUUUGAUUUUGAUUUUCUGUAUUCAUUCAAGUCUAAAGUAUGUUUCUCAAAUUUAUCAGUUCAAUUAAGACCACAGAUUCAGAUUAUUUUGGCCUUUCUUUGCUUCCGUACACUGUGUAGUGUACAUUUCACAGCCUGCAUGCUAGCACAAACUGACCAUGACUUUAACUUCAGUUCAUGAACAAAACUUGACGAGGAGAACAAAAUCCAAAUCGUGAACAAAAAUCAUGAUUCAGUCAUGUUGAAAAUAACAUUGUACCCCUCAUAUGACUUUUCUAUACCAGUUCUGUUGUGGGUGGAUUUUCCUGUUAUUGAGCACCAGGUGAUGGUGAUUGUGACCAAAUGCAAAUUAGACUACUACUUUCUGCCAAAUCGUUUUCUGUAAAAUAGUGAUAUUGCCACAGUAAAAAAGUUUUGUAAAUAUACCAUAUGUACACAAAGCACUUUACAACAAGUAUCUUAUGCAAGCUUCUUUACAUAUAGAGGGUUAUGAUUUAUUAUUCUUCAUGGGAAUAUUUCUAAUAUAAAUAUAAUGCCUUAAUGCAAAGCGUUCAGAGGUGGGCUUUUUGUUUUUUUCAGAGAAGGGACUGCGUUUAAUUUUCAGGUCAAGUCUAAAAUCCCUAUAAAACCAAUCAGUUAAAGGUCAAAUCAGUGUCAUUUGAUUUACAGCUAAUAUUGCUUGAGAAAAAGUUUUAAUUAUUUAUUAUGCUGGAAACCAUCUUUAGAAUAUGCUAACCUCUCAGCUGGCCUGUAAGCCCUCUCUAUAGUGUUGUCUUUGUUCGCAGGGAUUGCUUUCUGUCAUUAUUUUGCUGUCACAGGUCUUAACCUCAUUUAGUCAGCCUUCCAAAUAUAAACUAAAUGCAGUGUUAUGAAGCUACACAUCAUUCCUCCUGUGCUGUCACUAUUUAAGCAUUUUCAUCUCAUCAUUUUGAUUGAGAAAAAUUCACUUUCACAGAUCAAGUGCACAAAUGAGGAUUUGUUACUGGUCACUCUACCCAAGUCAUCAAAAUUAUGUUCUGCUGUUAAGUGACUUGAGAUAUUAUGCAUUUAUUAACUGACUGUAAUCGGUGCAUGUUUUAUUGAGCUAUAACGAGGAAUAAGUGGGUUUUACUAUCUUCUCUUAACAAUGUCGCUGUGGAUUACACCUGGAGUGAAACGUCCCUCUUCUUGUAAUCCAGUCUAUUUUGUGUGCAGCAUUAGCCCCUGCUGUAAAGUUAGCACUCUGGCCGUAGUCUGUGACAGUGGUCACCAUGUAGAACGGGACAUUUUAAUGUUAAGACAAGCUUUUCUUAUAUUUUGUCUGUCUUUGUGAGAGAAUGACAAUAAUGGAUGCAAUAAAUGUUCUUAACUUUAA